AUGAGGGUUUAUGCGGUGUUCGAUCUCCUCGUACUUUUUGCGAUUUAUUCUUGCCACUGUUUUGACUGCUUUGGGUUGUUCUCGUGCUUCAGUUCAUGCUGUGGCUCAAGUAAGGAAGAUAAAGGCAAUGUAACAGUAGAAGUAUAUGCUCCUGCAAACAACCAAGCUAUUCAAGAUCUUACUACCGCUGUUCCUGCUCCCAGAAAAUCUCCUUCUGAACCUCCAACUCCUGCAGAUAAUCCUGAACAAAAAGAGGAAGAAAGACAUGAAGAGGAGGUACCCGAAGAGAAACCAAAAGAAGAUACUAAACCUGAAUCAUCUGUUCCUCAGCUUACUACUACUCCCGUUACUCUAGAUCUUGCCAAACCGGAUUCCAACAGUAUAUUGGUGCGGGAUGAAAGUAACAAGGAAAUAACAAAAAAGAGAUUUACUUCCAAGACAGAUUAUCAUAUAUCCUCUGUUGUUGAUGGUGAUAAGGAGCUAUGGGAGGGUGGACAUGUAAAGGCUAGUUCCUCUGUCUUAUCAUCUAAAGAUGAUAUCCAUUUGCUCUUUCUGGAAACUGAUAAUAAUGGCAAUAUUUUCCCAGAGUUUUUCGAGAAAAGUGGUGAGGAGUGGACUGAGAUUGAUAUAGACGAAUUCCUGAAAAAACAAAAUGAGAUGAGGGCGCCGGCGCAAAAAGUUGGACAACAAAAAGCAUCGACUAUAGUAGAGACACUCAGAGACCCUCUCACAAUUGACAUUGCCAAGAUUGAUGAAGAAACGGUGCUGACAUCACCGGACGUCCUGAGUGGCAUUAAACGUGAUGUAUAUGUUCCUAAAGGUAGCUACUACUUUAACAAGAUUGUGGACGAUACAAAGACGGUUUGGGAAGCUGGAAAUGGUGAAAAGUGUUGGCUCAUUUACGAUUGCUCUAGGGAAAAUUUUAAUAGGCUCCUGCAUAUUAAUGUCAAACAGCCAAGUGGUAUAUCAAAGGAGGUCCAUUUUGAAAAGAACAAUGAUCGCUGGUCACAUAUAACUAGGGAGGAAUUUAGUACCAAGUACAAUGGAAUGAGGGACACAUCAAAGGACUCCAAAAUAGCUGCCAUAAAGGCUUCAUCUCAGAACAAGCAAACGGGAAACCUUUCAGGUACUCAGGGGAACUCUACAGAAGAUGGCUGA